AUGUCUAAACGAAAAGAAAAGGCUGUUAGUUUAUUUUAUUUGAUUUCUCAGAUUAAUUUUUAUUUUGAUUAGGUAGAAGACGACUCUCAACUGACCAAAGAACAAACCGAAAUCGCGAAAUUCUUGCGAUUCAACUGCCCAUCAGCUUCUACACUUUUUGAAGGCAACGAAGUCCAUUACUUCAGCGGUAAAGAACUCAAUAAAUUUCUUAUAUUUUUUGAUUUUUUUAGGAAACAAAGCAGUGGACACGUUGCUGGAGUCGAAGUAUGGAAAUAAGGGAACGAAAAACGUGCUCUUCAAGACUAGGUUCAAAUCGACCAAAAAUAAAAAAAAAAUAAUGAAUAAUUUUCAAGAGAAGACGCGACUCAUUACAUUUCCGACCUUUUCUCCAAGCAAUUGUUCUUCCGCGCCAAGAAGUUAGUGCCGAAAAAGAAGGAAGAUAAGGAAGUCGAAACAGGUAAAUAUUUCAUGUUCUAAAUUUUAAUUAAUUAUUGUUUUGAAGCGGGAGACACCCCAAAGUCACCGAAGAAAGAUGGGGAGAAGAGGAAAAAGGGAAAAGAAAGGAAAGAAGAGGAAACGGUGACCGAAACCGAGGCUGAUGAGCGCAAAAAGGACGACGAUGAGGAGAAGAAGGAUUCCAAGGUUUGAUUUUUUAAAUAUUAAACAUUUUAUCUUCCUUUUUUUCAGGACGAGGAGAAAAAGAAAAAGAAGAAGGUCAAGCUUUUAGUGCACAAUAUUCAGGUGUGUUUAGUAUUUUUUUUUUUGGAAUCUCUUGCAUUUUAUUGUUCCAAUGUUCUAGUGGUAAUUUUUAUUCGGAAUUUUUCAGACAUUUUUAAGCUUCAAAUUUCGAUCACUGUUAUUUCAUAUCAUGAGAAUUAAAUUUUCAGGUCUUCGUUGACGAAAAAGAUGUCUACGUUUGGGUCUUUGACCCGACGCCGCUGUACAAAAAGGUCAUCGGAGUUUUAAUGCGUGAGUUUUUUUUUAAUCUCGUUCUAUGAUUUACUUUCGAACAAUUGCUGAGAAAAAUGUUUCUGUUUUAAUUGGAUUUUUCUAGAAAUGCUUACGAAUCUUUGUGUAGGAUUCUAACUGAAAUCGCAUAGAAAUUGGUUCAGAAUGAUAGUUCUGAAAGGAAGAAUAUUAACUUGAAUUUUGACCUAUUUCAUGAGGUUUUGUCUUUUUUGUAGUUAUUCAAUAACCGAAGGGUUUUUCGAGAAUGAAACCCAAUUUUUCGGAUUUUCUCUGAAACAAAUUUUUCGUAAUUCUUUAAAAAAAUCUAGUUUUUUUAUUUGCUCGAAUUAAACUUCAAAACUGUUCAGUUCAUCUUCACAAUUACUUCAGAAUUUAUAACUUUAAAUAGAAAAUAUUCUAAUCGGCGUAUCAACCAGAUAUUUUUUUAGGGUCCCAAAAAAAUUGGAAGAUCGAUAAAAAGUUGAUAAGUUAAUGAUUAAAAAAAUGCUCUUAACGUUAUAAAGACAGAAAUCGAAUCAUUGUUUUUAGCUGUUUUUCAAUUGUUCUUAUUCAACUCGACUUUUUCAGCCUUCUCAAUGAUACAGUUGUCUGAAUAAAAAAAUGUGUGAAAAAAAUGAUGAAAGGCUUUCUGAAAUUGAAAACAUUGAGAAUUUUUUUCAAUUUUUUUCAUGCGGUCCGACUUCUCAUUUAUCCAGUUUUUUUAAUUAAAAAAACAUCAGAAAAGUUAGUUAAUAGGUUCUCGAAACUUCUUGAAAAGACAUUUUGAAUUAUUUGAAAGUUUUUUUAAAAAUCUCUCUUGCAAAGAGCAAAAAAAUUAUAAAAAUAUGUUUUUUUAGUGGUCGGAACGAUUGUCGGAUGUCUUUUUCCCAUUGUGGCCGAUGUGGCUGCGACAGGGCGUUUAUUACCUGUCCCUGGGCGGAAUCGGUGUCUUCGCUUCUAUCGUCGUCGUUGCCAUUUGUGAGUGUUUGUGUUUUUUUCAGAAUUAGGCGCUAAAAAUGAUUUGGUAGUUUUAGAUUGAAUUUCCAUUAGGAAAAAGUCCAGAAUUGACGAAGAAAUAGGUGAAUUGAAAAAUGAAAAGGGAUAGAGAAGUGUGUGGUUGAUUCUAAGAAGUCAAAAUUUUAUUAUUUUUACUUUUUGAGACUUAGUUUCAAUCGCUACUGCUAGCCAAAUUCAGUCGACGAAAAAAUGUUUUUUUUUUGUUUGAUUUUUUGAAUUUUUUUCUGUGCAACAAGAAGUGUUUAUUACUCAAUUUCGUUACUUUACUUAGCAUCUCCAGAGUGCUCCCUAUAGAGGCCCUUUGGAGGGUCCCUCUAGGGGACCACUUGGCCAACUCCUAUAGAGGCCCCUAAAGCUAGCGAAAGGAUUCAGGUUAGCGGCUCUAUAAGGACUUUUUUCCCUCAUCCCUAUAGGGACCACCCUUGCAAUUCUUAGUAGGCUGGAAUAGUUUUUUUUUUCUAACUUCUUCUCUAGAUAACUCGGGCAAAUUCAAAAAACACCUUAAUUUAAAAACGUUUUUUGAUUUUGCAGUAAGAACGAUAUUGUUCGGAAUCAUCUGGCUGCUCACGAUGGGACAGCACAAACUUUGGAUCUUGCCGAACCUUACCGAGGUCUGAAAAAGAUUUUAAAAAUGGCUAUUUUGUUGAAAAUUCAAGGACUGCGGUGUGAUCGAGUCCUUCAAGCCGUUCUACACCUACGAGUAUUGCCCUCGAAAUUCUGAAGGAUCGAAACCGUCGAAGGGAAAGAAGAAGUCGAAGAAGGAGAAGGACAGCGGUGAGUAUGAUAUUUAUUCAGUAAAUUUAAUGAAAAUGCUCCUUUGUGAUUUUAGCAAAGCUUGAAGCGGAAAUUCAUCAUGUUUUGCUCUCAAAAACCAGAAAAUCGUUCAGACAACGAAGAGAACAAGGACGACGAGCCGGCCCCGCCAACAACGGAGGAAAAGGAGCGCGACAGUUCGGUGGAAGACGACUUUGACAAGAUUGACGAUGUCGACAAAUCUGAAGGCACUUCCGAAGACGACGACGGCGAGGAAGCGAAAAAUAGCGAGGUUCGUGUAAAACAGUGGCUAAAAAUGAGAAUUCAGGAAAAAGGAGACUUUUCUGUUCAUUUUUCUUGAUUUUGAGGUUUUAACUUUCGGUUUCCGACAUCGGUAACGCGAAACGGACGUUUCUGAGCCAUUCUAGGGAUCACUUAAGAGGGCUGAAGCUACUAAAGUGGUUACUAGAAUUGCCCACCACGUCAGAUUUGCGUUACCAAGAUCCGAGGGUACCUUUUUUCAGUUCAAUAGAGCGAGUUUCGAGUUUCUCUUUCGUUAAAUUUUUUAGCACAUUUUGUGAAAUUUCGACAUUUUCUCUUGAACUUUUCGAUUGAACUAAUAUAAUUGCUUAAAUGGCCAUUGUGAAGAAAAUAGGAAGAUUUUUAGUCGUAUGCCAUGUUCAAAGUAUUUUCCGCAGUACUAAAAUGAAGAGGCCUUUUUAAAAGUCUAAUUUUUAUUACUAAACCGCUGAAAACUACUGUAAUGGCCACUAAGAGGCAAGAUAGUCAUUAAUAUAGUGACCCCUUUAGGGUCAUUUAUAAAUAGUCCUUAAAGAACCUCUCUAGUGGUCAGUAAAGCUUUUCCGAGUAAUGCCGUGUUCGAAGCAAUUUCCGCUAAAUUGUCUCUCAUUCUCCAAAAUUUAGUUAUCUUUUUCAUUCUCUGACGGCUAUUUUUUAUUUGAACACUGCAUUAAAAUAAAUAAUUCAGCAGCCAUUUCGUAGUUCAAGGGUUUUUUUCUGAUUUAAAAAAAUGAAAGAACUCUUUGUAAUUUUUAAAAAAAGGACUCUUUGGGUCAAAUUUUCCUAUGAAACAAAUUACAGAACCAAUCCUCGGCGCAUUCAACUCCCGAAGAGAAACAAGCGGCCCGGAAACGGCGACCGGCCAAAGUUUAA